CAGUUGUGCCGGAGCUGAAUGAGGACACUUUUUCUAUCUUUUGGGGAUGUUUUGUGACAUGAACAGCAGUUGGGUUGAGCUUGUGAAGGAUCCGUAAGAGAACAAUCGCUGGUUGAAAGCGCCAUCUGCUGCUUGGGGACAAUAGCAACACUACACAUGCUUGUUUCUGUCGAAGCAUGUCUACAGAGAGCUAACGGAGAAAAUACGCACGACUGGGACUUUACUGGUAGCGACUGAGGGAAAAGGAGUACGUGCGUAAAAGAGGACCUGUGCGUAAAAGAGGACCUGUGCGUAAAAGGAGGACCUAUGCCCCCUCCACUCAGGUGACGCCCACAUACAGUGACUUCACCCCCUCGCUGUUUCACUCCUAAAUGGGAUGUAGAAGACUUGAUUUCACUGGGCUUUAUUUGGCGUCAUCUUCGCAGGUGGAAGACAUGAGUGGUGUUACACUUUAUGUGGAGGAGGCAGACAUAGUUCAGGAUGAAGUGCGAUCUUCUCCCUCGUGGACUGAGGAGCGCUGCGAGGAGAUGUGGGAUCGUGUGGAGGGAGUACGACACAAGCUGACCCGAAUCCUCAACCCAGCCAAACUCACCCCAUAUCUACGCCAGUGCAAGGUGAUGGAUGAGCAGGAUGAAGAUGAAGUGCUCAACUCCACGCAGUACCCUCUACGCAUCAGCAAGGCUGGCCGUUUGCUGGACAUUCUACGAGGUCAGGGCCAGCGAGGUCUGCAGGCCUUCAUGGAGUCCCUGGAGUUUUACCAUCCGGACCAGUACACACAGCUGACCGGAGAGAAGGCCACGCAGCGAUGCUCCCUCAUACUGGAUGAGGAAGGUCCGGAGGGUUUGACUCAGUUUCUGCUGCUGGAGGUGCGUAAACUGAGGGAGCAGCUUCGAAACAGUCGCAUGUGUGAGCGACGCCUGUCUCAGCGCUGUCGGAUGGCAGAGGAGGAACGAAGCCGAGCUGAACAUAAAGCUCAGGAGUUACGGCACGAAAGGCUACAGCUAGAAAGGCUGCGUCAGGACUGGGAGUCGGCCAGUCGAGAGUUGGGAAAGCUGAAGGAGAGACACCUGGUGCAGGCUGUGAAAUACUCCAGAGCCUUGGAGGAACAAGGCAAAGCCUCGACCAGAGAGAGGGAACUGCUGAGGCAGGUAGAGGAGCUUCAGUCCAGGCUGAUAGAGACAGAGAAAAAAACAACCGAUCCUCCAGAGACUACCAAAACAAACACUCUUCGCACUAAUGGAGUAAACGGCUCUCCACCCGCUUUACCACAAAAGCCACCGCAUUGCACUGAGGUGGAGAAAGCCGAGAAUACAGCACCUCAGAUGAGAAACUCAGUUCCCACCACUGGAGUCAUUGCUCUGAUGGAUAUCCUGCAGCAGGACCGUAGGGAGGCUGCAGAGCAGAGGCAGGAGCUGUGCGAGAUGAUCACCAAACUACAAGGGGAGCUACAGAGCAGCGAGGAGCACAGGGACAAGGUGGAGUCGCAGUGCGAGCAGCUACAGUUAAAGGUGAGGACUCUCCAGCUGGACUGGGAGACAGAGCAGAAGAGGAGUGUGUCCUAUUUCAACCAAAUCAUGGAAGUGGAAAAGGAGAGAGAUCAGGCCCUGCGUAGUCGAGACAGCCUGCAGUUGGAGUACACCGACUGUCUGCUGGAUAAGAACCGUCUUCGUAAACGCAUUGCGGAGCUGCAGGCCAACCUGGAGCAGCAGCAGAGAGAGCUGGAGAAAGAGAGGGAGCGUUGCCGGGAGCAGAUGGAGCAGAGCAGCCCCUGUCUGCACUGUUCCCACCUGUCUCUGUGCAGUGAAGACCAGUGCUUUGGCCCCUGCUGUUCCCUUGGGCUGGACCUGAGCCCCCAGCCCAACAGCACUCAUCUCAUACUGAGAAAGACGCCCUCUAGAGGCCAGACCAAUGAAAACUCGGACAAUUCUCCUUCCAACUCAGACGAUAAUCUCUUGUCAUCAACAAAAGACAAUGAAAAGGAAAUAAAUCGUCUCUCCACGUUCCCGUUUCCUCCUUGUAUGAACUCUAUCAACCGACGGGUUAACACAGAGUUUGACUUGGACUCCUGGGGCAGUGAUGAGAAUGAUAACAUCACAGGUGAACAGAGUGAGCCGUCUUUGUGGGAUUCCUGUGCCUCCUUACACUCUCAUCUCUUCCCCCCUGACCUGGUCAACCUGCCCACUGUCCCUUCACACAACGCCACGCCCAGCGUAUCCAGUAAUCCCCCCCGCUCCCCGUCUUCAAGUCCCCCCACCUCACCGAGGCAUGGAAGAGACAGUCUGGCGGAUGAUAUCGUAAUAGUUGGAGGAAACCAAACUGGGAUCUUUAUCAGCCAUGUGAGAUCUGGUUCCCCGGCUGAACAAUGUGGACUGAAGGAGGGCAGUGAGCUGCUGGAGCUGGAGAGGGUUCUGUUUGGUGGUGGAAGUGUGCUGCUAAGUCAGUGCACGGCUGAGGUAGCACACUUUUCUCUGCAGUGGUGGACAGAACCUUCAACACUCAAACAUCAGAGCAACCCAGAAGCCUACUCAAAGCUGUGCUCUCAGCUUUCGUCGCCUACGUUUUUGGGUGCUGACUCCUUCUAUGUGCGCGUCAAUCUCAACAUUGAACCUCACGGUGAUCCGCCAUCUCUGGGUGUAUCCUGUGAUGACAUUAUACAUGUCACAGACACAAGGUACAAUGGAAAAUACCACUGGCGCUGUUCCUUGGUUGACCCAAGCACAGCCAAGCCCCUGCAGACGGGGACGAUGCCCAACUACAACAGGGCGCAACAGUUGUUACUUGUAAAGUUACGAAAAAUGGCGCUGGAGCAAAAGGACUUCAAGAAAAAGUUUUUAAAGAAAGUAUCCGUCCGUGUACGACUGGUGAAAGCAGUGGACCCCAGCUGCCGUGGGAUCGGUUCCACACAGCAGGUGCUUUACACGCUCAGCAAGCGUCACGAGGAGCACUUAAUCCCAUACAGUCUAGUGCAGCCGGUGCAGGUUCAGACGAAGCGGCCCGUCAUCUUCUCCCCAUCCCUGCUCUCCCGUGGUCUGAUAGAGAGGCUGCUCCAGCCAGCAGAGUCGGGUUUGAAGUUCAACACGUGUCCACCGGAGCCCAUUCAGGCCUCAGAGAGACAAGACAAGAGAGUAUUCUUGCUGGAUUCCUGCAGUCCAGAGCAGGCUCUGGGUAUACGCCUCCAGUCAAUACAGGACGUCAUCAGCCAGGAUAAGCACUGUCUGCUGGAGCUGGGGCUGCCCAGUGUUGAGGGCUUACUGAGACAGGGCAUUUACCCCAUCGUCAUCCAUAUUCGUCCCAAGAACAAAAAGCACAAGAAGCUGAGGAAGUUUUUUCCACGGUGUGGGGAGGACAGCGUGAUGGAGGAGGUGUGCCAGGCCGAGGAGCUGCAGCUGGAGACUCUGCCCCUGCUUUACUACACGGUGGAGCCCAACACCUGGAGCUGCACUGAGGAGCUGCUGGCUGCAUUGUGUAAUGCUAUUCACAGCCAGCAGAGGGCAGUAGCCUGGGUUGAACUGGAUAGGCUGCAGUAGAAGACAGACAGAAUGCCUGUUAUGUAUUCAUAGCCUCAACUAGAUUCUAACCAGAUUAGAAAUUCAAAGUAGAUUGCAGCUCUCUGUGUAGCCCAGCUGGACUGGCUAAAGUGGUAGAUUAUUUUUAUCAUAAUUAUUUUAUUAAACCGAUUUGAGCCACACAAGAAAGAUACAUGUCUGCUGGAAUUUCUGUACCAACAGGAAUUAUAGUGUUACUUUCUUCUCCUUUCGACAGCUUCAGACUACACUUUAAGUUUUAUUUUAUGACAGCUCGAGGGAUCACACAAGGUGCCCAUUUUUUGAUCAUUCAUUUAUUUUGUGAGUGGAAAGAGAAGCUGUAAGGACACAAAGACAGACUAAAGUGUUAGGUUAACCCUCCUGUUGUCCUCAUUUACAGGCUCCAAAAAAUAUUGUUUCCUUGUCUGAAAAAAAAUCCAAAAAUUCAGCAAAAGAAUUCCUCAAAUUUCUAAAAAAUUUGCAAAACCUUCAGGAAGAAAAUUCCAAUAAUUCCUUAAAAGUUUCCCUUAAAAGUUUUAUUUUAAAAAAUCCCACAAAUUUGGCAAGAAAAUUCUUGUAAAUAUUGUAAAAAAUGAGUGAAAAUCUUCCAAAAAAAUCCUAAAAAUAUCUAGUGAUUCCAUAUAUAUCAGUAAAACUUCUAUUUUCUUUCAGACCAUUCACAUUAAAAUCAAUCAUUUUUUUUGUGAACGUUCUUAAGAAACAUUUUUCGCAUUUCUUUUACCACCAAAAAAUGUUCAGCGAUUUCCCAAAAAUGUUGAAAAUGUGGACAUCAGAAGUUUCACUGUGAAAAUAUUUUUUUUCCCCACAUUUUCAAACUUUAAACCGGGUCAAUUUUGACCCACAGGACGCCACAAGGGUUAAAGGAUUGUAGUAUGUAGGGAUGUAUUGGAGGGUUAAAAUCUGUUCAUUUGCAUUUCGUUUUUGAAAGUAUAAACACAAUCUUUCAAAAAUGCAGUUCCGACCUUCGCAUUUUUGGACAGAUGCACAUUUUUCCGUACUCAGGCUAAGCUUCACCACAUUCAAUUUGAAAUUAAAUAAUGGAUGCUACAUUAAAAUGCAAAGAUUUUAGUUUAGUUUGAAUCAGUUUACCUUACUAUUAAAAUUUCCUUGAUUUUAUUACUUGAUUUCAUAUUAAGAAAGCUGAAACACUGAGGCCAGAGAAUAAAAACUGUGGAAUUGUCCAAAUGCUUAUGGUCAGGACUGUAAAUCUGUUGUAUAGAUCAUACUUAACAGUACAAAUGGUCCUUAGUCAUAUCAAUAAAUUUCUGUUUACACUACAUUGUACAACAUAUUUUUUAAUGCUGUUUUUUCUUUUGUAAUCUAUUUUAAAAAAUACAUUACUAUCAAAAGUU